CACCACGGACAGCGCCUUUCAUGGCGCUGUCUUUCAGCACCACGGACAGAGCUGACCGUCUCGUGUUUUUCCCCCGGUCCACAGAGCAGAGAAGAGGCACGCGGACCCCCGCGAAGGAGGCGAGUGUCCGCGUGGACCGUGACUCCGUGAGAGGGCUGCAUCUUUAAAACGGCAGCAGAAAAGCCCACAGCCGGCUCAGUCGGAACCGCGGCUCGUGAAGGACUACCUCCUUGUGAGGAGAGCGCCGAGCAUCAGCUGGACUCUCAUUGCUGGAAGUCGAGGCUAAAUCAGUCACAUGACAGGACUGGAGGCAGAGCGCUAGAGAAAAGGCACAGCAUUCGGGCUCGCACCGCCAUACUGUAUUUUGAACCAUUUCACAUUUUUAUUGCAACAUUUUACUCCCGCUCGGGAAACCUUUUUAAGCCCCCGUGACGUUUUAACCUGGUACUUUUCUUGCAGCUGAGCUCACAGAUGAUUCUGGGUGGACGAGGGGAGUUUUGAUUCUUGGGGAGAGUUCAAUGCGUUUUUCUUUUCUAUAUCAACGAGGAUGAACAGACACUUUUCCCCUUGCAGGAGGGCAUCUGGAGGAGAAUGACUGGUAAGACCCAGACCAGCAACGUGACCAAUAAGAAUGACCCUCGUUCCAUCAAUUCCAGAGUCUUUAUCGGAAACCUCAACACAGCUAUCGUAAAGAAGACAGACAUAGAGGUCAUUUUCGCCAAAUAUGGCAAAAUAGUGGGCUGCUCCGUGCAUAAGGGUUACGCCUUUGUUCAGUACAUAAACGAAAGGAACGCACGUGCAGCUGUGGCGGGGGAAAACACCAGAAUCAUCGCCGGACAGCCUCUUGACAUAAACAUGGCAGGUGAGCCAAAGCCAUACAGGCCUAAGGCGGGCUCCAAACGGCCGCUCUCAGCAGUUUACAGCGGUUAUGAGUUUGAUUACGAUUACUACAGGGAUGAUUUUUACAGCAGGCUUUUUGACUACCACGGCAGAGUGGCUCCCCCACCCAGAGCUGUGAUCCCCCUGAAACGCUCCAGGGUGCUCGCUCCUUCCUCUCGCCGUGGGAAGACCUCCUUUCCAGUGAAAACCUCCUCCUCCUCCUCUUCUUCAUCCUCCAGACCUCCUACAUCGUCUUCCUCGUCGGGCGUCAAGCUGAAGACGGACCAACUGCAGACCAUCAAGAGAGAGCUCACUCAGAUCAAGAUGAAGAUCGACUCCUUGCUGGGACGACUGGAGAAGAUCGAGAAGCAGCAGAGAGCUGAAAAUGAGGCUCAGAGAAAAUAUGAGGACAACUGUGACUCCCUCCAUGAGGAGUCUGUAUCAGAAACGGCGGAAAACUCCGGGGAGGAGGCUGGCGAGGGGGCACUGGACGUGGAGGCGGGAGAGAUGACUGACGGAGGAGAGGACGACUACGACGAGGAAGGCAGCCACCAUCUGAUAGAGAACCACGUUUCGGAUAUUGACAACUGAGAUGAGUGUGAAGAAGCAGACUCUCCUGGUUGACAGUAUAAGAAUUCAUCAUCACUUUUGAGGAGCGGAGAAGAUGUGUGGGGGAUCGAGACACCCAUUCAGCAGGACUGCGAGUCAUGUUUUGAUUCCCAACUCUGAGCACGAGCCGAGUGUGAGGUAAAUAGAUGCAAGACCAUUUUUAAUGCAUUGGCCCGACUUCUCCUAAAGCGUAGCCCGAAUCUUCUUGGAGGACCAUUUCCAUGCUGAGAACAUCAGAUGAACUGAGGGAGUCAAGGAUGUUUUUUGUUGUGUAAAUGGGUAAAUAUAAAAAAUACAUAAAAAUGUUGCUGCUUUCAUGAAAACUGCUUGCGCUGUAAUUUCCAAAGUGUUUUUCAUUCAAACCUUUCAUUUUGCUGAUCCGAACAAAUAUAGUGGGACGUUUUGGCAACGGCUGUGUGAUUUGCAAUGGAGCAUCACUGCCGUCAGGUCUGGAUUGAAACGGUAGGCAUUAGCUGUGAGCAUAACCUAAUCCCACUGUUUAUCACACUGAUGCCCCGCUGGGCUGUUCCAUCAUCAAUUCCAACUCCUGCCAAGUUCCUAAAGCAGUGAGGAGCUGGGGAGGCAGGAGCCAAUGCUGCCAGGGACCAGUGCCCCACCCACCCCCGCUUACCCCAGCAUGGACCUGUGCUGGAGCAGAGGUCCAUGCUGGGUUCUUUCCUUCAGACGGAAGAAAAACACUUCUAUCAUUUGCAAUUUAUGUGGACUUAAACCAAUUAUCCAUGCAUAUGAUGAUUAAAUAAUCAAGAACAGCAACAAUAAAACUGUAAAAUAUUUUAGUUUUUCCAAUUGGGUCGAGGUUCCAUGGUAAAAAAAAAAACAAGGAUUUUUCUCCUUGUAAAUAUAUCACCAGCCAAAUGAUUUUAAUUAGCAAGAUUAUAAAUAAAUUGUGACUGAUUAAAUCAUGUAAGAAAAAGUGGAUUUCAGCAAGCUGUUAAUAAUUCCACUUAGGUUCACUCCACCUUUGUUUUGCCAGUUGGAUUUUUCUGCUGGAAAGUGAUUUUAUUAUAACGCUGGAAGAGGCUGCCAACCUCAUUUCUCACUAUUAUAUAAAAGAAAAUAAUUUUGAUGAAAAAUAUUGAAUUUUUACCACCACUUACAAUCAAAAAUGUUAUUUUUUUCAUUCCUUCUCAUUGGUAAUAUUUUUAAUUUAUUAGAAAACGGUUUAAUUCCUCACCUUUAGAAAGCUCCUGAUUGCAUUUAAUGUUAAAUAUUAGCAUUAUGUGGUUUUAUAAUCUUUAAGAUGAGAUUGGACUCAUGAUUGGACAGAGGAUCUCUGGGAGGAAAAAUUAAACUCGCAUAACUGCAUUUAACAAACCUGGCAAUGAAAAAAAACUAACAUAAACAGAAAAAACUGCCUUCAUCUAAUUUUAAGGGGUCUGGUGAACAAUGACAAUGUCAAAUGACAUCUAGUGAUGGUUUUUGGAACCAGAAACCUGGCAAAAGGAGACAACGCUCCGCCGCCCGUUUACUUUUUUAUGCUGGUUACCUGUUAUUUAUUGAACAGUCUUGUAUGCGUUUUGCAAAAAUCAUAACAGACUAAAAACAGCCUCUAACUGUGGUAACCUCUCUGGGUCACGUUGAAACAUUUCUGGCUCAUCACCUCCUUUGUUUUUGCUCUGUAAAUAAUCUUUUUCACAUUUGUUUUUAAUGACUUUUGUUAUAAAACUCUGUGCUGACGGUUCGGUGAAAUCAUUGCAGGCUUAAGCAAAGAAACAUGGGACUUGUAGACAUGUGUAACUGACUACUGUUGUAUAGAAAUGUACAUUUUGUGUAAAGAUAUUUUGAUCAAAUGGCAUGUUUACUGUAUGUAUUUUUUGUUAAAACAAAAAAGGUAUAACUGUUGUGAGCUUAGAGGACUCAUUGUCAUUGUAGAUAGCUAUUUGUGUUCUUAUCAGUCAAUAAAACUGUGUCAUUACUAAGUCAAAUGUUGAUUCAGUAAAAUAAAGAAAUCUGGAAAAAACAGGAAAUAAAAAAAAAACAUCC